CAGCACACACACUCCGCUCUAACACACACACACACACACACACAUACACACACAAACACACACACACACGGAGGAGCAGCGGCCGUCCAGCAGCAGGGUGGCGUGAGCGCGGCGUCAUGGAGAGCUCCAUCACGCUGUGGCAGUUCCUGCUGCAGCUGCUGCUCGACCAGAGUCACAAACACCUGAUCUGCUGGACGUCCAGCGACGGGGAAUUCAAGCUGCUCCGCUCAGAGGAGGUGGCCAAACUGUGGGGGCUCCGCAAGAACAAGACCAACAUGAACUACGACAAGCUGAGCCGAGCACUCAGAUACUACUACGACAAGAACAUCAUCAAGAAGGUGAUUGGUCAGAAGUUCGUCUAUAAGUUCGUGUCGUUCCCGGACAUCCUGAAGCUGGACGCGGCGGCGGCGGCCGAGCUGGGGCGGGGCGGGGAGGACGGCGGCGGGGCGGGGCGGUGCGAGGGGGAGGAGGAGGAGGAGGGGAGGAGCCAGCGCCUCCGCUCCGGCCUUUACUCCGCCUUCACCGUCGGCUCGCUGCAGCGGCCAAUCAAAACAGAGCCCGGACUCGAUCACCAUGACGACGACAGCUCCUCGGUCAUCCGCUUCGUGGCCAACCGCAGCCGCGCGUCUUUCUCCCCCACCCCGCCCCUGUCCUCCGCCAAGCGCUCCCAUUCGUCCCCGCGGCUGGUCCGCCCCUCCUCCUGCUCCUCCUCCCCGCCGCAAAGCCCCGCCCACUCCCUGCUGAGGGGGCGGGGCUCGGUCUCAGAGACUGACGAAUCCGAGCACAGCACUCAGCCCCUCAACCUGUCGUCCGGCCAGAGAGCGAGAGAGAGAGAGGGGGAGCGCUCGCUCGGCCCGGCCACGCCCGACAGGAGGCCGGCGGCCAAUAGCGCGCCUCCGAAAACCAGGAAGCCAAAAAGCCUGGAAAUCUGCGCGCCCUCCCUCCUCCUGACAGGAAGUGACAUCGGCUCCAUCGCCCUCAACAGCCCGGCGCUGCCGUCAGGGUCACUGACGCCCGCCUUCCUCACCGCACAGACUCCGUCCGGGCUGCUGCUGGCCCCCAGCCCGCUGCUGUCCACCAUCCAGUUCUGGUCCGGCCUGAGCCCCGUGGGGCCGCUGAGCCCCGCCCACCUGCAGGGCCACGCCCCCCUGUUCCAGUUUCCCACCCUGCUGAACGGGCCGAUCCCGGUGCCCCUGCCCAGCCUGGACGCCCCCGCCCCCCUGCUGCUGUCCUCCAGCCCGGACAACUCCUGAUCCCACCCCGAGCUGCAGGACCAGACCGGGCCGGACCGGGCCGGACCAGGACUAAACCGGUCCUCCUUCAAACUGCCGAUGAAGCAGGCAGUCAGACGCCUUCUGAAGCUCGCUGGUUGGACAUGAAAAAGGAAGAAACAGGAGCUUCACUUUGGGGCUUCGCUCCGUGUGACGAGCGUUUGCAGACGACGUCACUCUCUGUGUUUACCGCGGUUUGACCGACGUGUUUCCAACCAAAGCCGACGAUAGCCGAUAUUUGGCACCGAUAUUCAGUGUCUUUGAAUUGUGGCCAUUUUAAACCUUUCAGUCAGCAGUGUUUCCUCCAGACCUUUCUCCUUGUCGGGGUAGAAAAAGCCUCUGAAACAGAAUUAAGACCCUCAGGAGACACUAAAACUCUCCGCUGAAACCCAGAUUGUAAGGGAAGAUCAAUCUAAAGGUCACUGCCAAAGCUUUGGGUAAGAUGCUGCCCUCUCCCUGCUUCCUUUCCUCUCUCUUUUCCAUGUUUACUAUUUUAAAAUGAAUUGACUUUAUACUCUCGUCUUGCAUUGGUCUGUUUUGUUUUGUGCUUUGUCCUGUCUACGUUUCUGUUCUGCUCUCACACCUCCCUGGAAGGUUAUUUAAUCUCAGAGGGUAUUAUCUGAUGAAAUGGAAAAAAUAUAUUAUUUCAGCGUUAUUAGCAUCCUUAAAAGGCAAAGUGACCCACCUCGGCUAUUCAUUUGCAGGAGAAACUCUGCGAAAACACUGCUGCCUUUCAGUAAAUUAAUUCAUUGAGAAAGAAUCGUUGAAAACAUUUUGUAAAUUAGUAGAACACACAAAGAAAAGCAAAGUUCAUGUGAGGUUUUCUGUAUGUGUGUUUAGGAGGAACCUGCAUCUCAUCCGAGAACCAAACGAAAGCUGAUAUCGGAUGUCCGAUAUAUUGACAAUCUGUCAGUCACCUUUAUCUUUACUGUUUUCUCAGUCAUCUCAUCCGACGGGGUGUGAACCUCAGUGGGUGGGUGCAGUGUCAUACAUGUUAAUAUUUCAGUACUUUAUGUUUGUUUGUUUGUUUUUUUAACUUUGUCCCAGCCCAAACUCCUCUCAGGUAGUGUCACCUUCGGCUCAAACAACAAACACCUGGGUAGGACAUGUUUCCACGGUUAGCUUAGCGACAGCACCAGCUACCUCAUGGAGUAAAUUUGACUCAAUAUUCACUCUAACUGGGUAAAUUACACGAGCAAGAAAAAAAAAAACAUGGCCAUUUUGCAGGUGGAUCAUUAAGCUCGGCUUGGUAGUUUUGCUUGGCUAGUUGCUAAUUGUAGCUAAUGCCACGUUUACGUUAUUUGGUAUACCAGUACCGUUAACUAAGUACCAUUAUCCGACUUACAAACACCUUUCAAAUCCACAUCCAACUUUUCAGAAUCUCAAAUUUUUGUGAAAGCUCCGAUAUAUCCAACUAGAACUACAACUAAAUAACACACGAAAGUAGUGAUAACUUGAAAAUUGCGACUAUUACAUGUAAAUAAGUCAAAACAAAAUGUAUGGUUCCUGUUGUGAAAUGUGUUCUAGAUUUAUUAGCAGCUAAAGAUGUAGUGAGUAACGUUAGCGUACAUUGAGAUUUCUGGGUCAGAGCAAACUUGAAUGCAUUAUAAAAAAACUACAAACAAAAACAAAAAAAGGCGCAAAUACUUUAGUGACAGUGAAGAGAGUCCAUGGGAAAUGUAGUUUGGUCAACCCUUCUAAGUACACAAGACAUCACAUUAGCCACAUUAGCUCUACCACUGCUAAAUUACUGCAGAUAAAUAACACAGGAAAUAAACUCAAAAUUGAGACCCUUACAUGUAAAUCAAUCAAAACAACAUAUAGCCGGUGGUUCCCAUAGUGAAAUGCUCGCUAGUAAUCCUAUUAGCUAACGUUACGGCAAAAAUGCUGUAACGUUAGCGUAGCUUCAGGUGUUUGGCUUGGUGUAAAGCACAGCCAUUUUAUGGGAAAUGUAAUUUGGUAAACGCUGACAAGCACACAAGAUGUUUUCCAUCCACAUCUAUUAAAAAAAAAUAUAAAAUCACAUUAGCCACAUUAGCCUAGCCGCUAGUACCCUGGUGGAGGAGUGUGGCUGGCUUUGUGUGUAAAUUCCUCCAGACGUCCGCUGUUUGAGCCAAAAUGGCGGCCUGAGAUGAAGCCCUGACUGAAGGGUGGCUUCAUGGCUGUGCUGUGGCUGUUCAGGGCGUCUGUGCGAGCUCUGAGCGCUAAGACGCCGGGUGGCAGCGUCAUGGGGUUUCCACCGUCCGCACGUCUGAGACUUGGUUGCCGACAUUUAAAAUACAGUUGCCAUUUUUUGUCACCUCAUUCUUUGAGUAAAUGAAAUGCUAUGCAGUGACACAUCAGCGUAAUAAUUAAAAUAUGGCGUAAAAGAACGUUGAGCCUCAUCAGGCCUACAGUAAACAAACAAUUUCCUGUCCAGCUCCGAGAUGCUUUCAUUCCCCAAAGACUUCACACGUUUCCUUUGUUGUUUUUGGUUGGGAUUCGUCUGGCUCUUUGUCACAUGAAUCGAAAUGCACAUUUGUUGGUGAUGUUGACAGGCUAAGGCUCAUUUAUGCUCAACGGCGAUGCGUUUAAUGACCUCACAGACCGCCGUCCUCCUGUGGUGAUGCAUUCAAUGACCUCACCAACAUCACCUCCUCUUCUGCCUCUUUGUAGCAGCUCCAUGAUUACGACCUUCUCCACCACCGCCAUGUUUGUUGCUGGCAGACACUUUGGGCUCUGCGCUGCCCUCUAGUGGAUUUGUUGAUGUAAAGGCGGCACGAGGGCGGUGACGGUUACAUCGUUUGAAACAGACAAAUUUAUUUCCGUAC